GACAGGGCUCUGAAAAUGGCGCUGAGGUGUCGGCUCCAAAACCCUAAUGCCAACGAGGUGGUUCGUCUUAGUAUGGAGGGAACAGCUUAUCGGGGGUCGCAUUGCUGUAAAUGUAAGAGGUAAGCUUGGAUUGUUCGAGUUCUAAAUACUACAAUUUUACUAUCAGAUGCCUAUGAUUUAUACUUCAACACUCCCUUCACUAAAGAAUUGAUAGGAGUAGAGAUGAGACUAAUAAGAAUCUGCAAAAGCCUUGUCUCACUCUCUCUAGAAAACCCUCUGCCGCAUCUCCACGAAACCCCAACUCUCUCCUGCUUAAUCUCUGUGUUAUAUUUCUCCUCCUCUAAACCCAAGAAGUCAACAUCCACUGUAACAGUCCUGGACUACUUGAUCAAUCAGCACCAAUUCUCGCCUGAAGCUGCUCUCAAAGCUUCAUCAACCUUUACUUACCUGAGAAAUCCAAAAAAGGCGGAUUCCGUUCUUUCGUUCUUCAAGGAGAGCGGGUUCUCCCAGACCCAUAUCGAGCUAGUGGUUAAGAGAAUGCCCAAGGUUCUCUCUGCCAAACUUGCCGUUACCAUCAAACCCAUAAUCAAAAUUUUCCAGGACUCGGGCUUUGCGCGCGACGACAUUGCCGAGAUUGUAUCCGGUGACCCGUGGAUUCUUACUCGGAGUGCCGGUUUUUUCUGCAUAAGCCGGAGAGCAUUCAGGCUUUCGUUAAAACGGUUGAUGGAAUGGGGUUUAAUAGAAAAUCUAAGAUGUUUCUUUCUGCCAUUCGGACAGUCAGUUCAAUGUCAGAAGAGAAUUGGGAGCUCAAGUUGGAACUUUUCCGAAGUUUGGGGUUUUCGGAAAAAGAUAUUCUUGAUGUGUUUAGGAGGGUGCCUCAGGUUUUUGCUGUAUCCGAGAGGAAAAUUAAGGAGCGUUGAGCGCAGGUUAAAACCCCGUCUACGAGUUUUGGAGAUUCUGGAAAAGAAAAAUGUGCUUAAUAGGAAACCUCGUUUAAGUACGGUCUGCAAAAUCCCCGAGAAGAAGUUCUUAAACAAAUUUGUACUUCCUUAUUCAAAAGAACUUGCGGAGGUAAAUGAGGCUGGUGAGAGUUCAUACACAAUUGGAUGCGUACAAUGAUGAGCAUCUUCAGGAGAGCGCUAUUCAAAUCAAUGAUUAUAGAGGAUUACAUCGUGGCAACUAGGCGAACUGUCCUUGUAAUGAAUGAGAUCUCCUCUAACUAGGGAUGAUUCUUUUGCGAAAUUGUUCUCGUUCUACUGUCCUGAUAUACUUCUAUGUUUCUGUUCAAAGGUGAUCCAUCUUCCGUACAGGUUGGAUUGUUCCUUCAUUUCCCCCUUUCCAUCAUUAUCUUACUACCUUAACGAUAUCUCAAAUGACUUGUGUGCUAUUACCAUUACAACCUUGACUCAAUCGGGACCAUAUGCACCAAAUUUUGGGAGUAAUAUCUACGCUGCUUGAGGGAUAGAUAGAAGGUGUAUGAUGAAUCUAGAAAUAAAUUCCUUGUAUAAAUGAAAUCUCAUUGGGAUGAACUCAGUUAAUUUUGAUAUCCAAUUGGAUAUCAGAACCAAUAUUUGCUCCUUAAAGUUGCAACACUAGGUUGGAUAAUUUGUUCCCUGAUUCAAGUCCAAAUGUUUGCAGCCUUCA